AUGUAUACAAGAUUUGAUACUCGUAAGUUUCAUUUGACGGCAAAGUGGCAGUUCGUGCUGGUUUUGUUACAUUUAAUUAAUAGAGAAUGUGACCUAAAGGCUUUAAAAACCAUAUCAGGUCAGCAAAUCUGUUUAAUAUCUUUUAACACAGCUUUUGCUUUUACAGACUUCUUGAAGAAAAUUAUCAGAUUUAAUUACUGA